AUGGAGCCAAUUGUCGGGUACCUAGAUGGUGCCGAUAUCGGUGUCAUCGUCGCUUACUUUGUUAUCAUCUUUGCUGUCGGUAUAUGGUCUUCGUUGAGAAAUCGUGGUUCUGUCGGAGGCUACUUCUUGGCCGGUCGUUCCAUGCACUGGAUCCCAGUUGGUGCCUCAUUGUUUGCCAGUAACAUAGGCUCAGGACAUUUCAUUGGUCUUGCUGGUUCUGGGGCAUCUGCUGGUAUUGCCAAGGCUGUCUUCGAGUACAAUGCGGCUUUCACUCUGGGUCUUCUUGGCUGGCUCUUCUUGCCUGUCUACAUUGCAUCUGGUAUCUUGACCAUGCCUGAAUACCUUCGAAAACGAUUUGGUGGUCAACGUAUACGAGUCUACUUGACUGUGAUUGCUUUGCUCUUGUAUAUCUUCACCAAAAUCUCAGCUGAUCUGUAUGCCGGUGCCUUGUUCAUUCAACAGGCCAUGGAACUCUCAAUCUACCCAUCGGCCAUCAUUCUGCUGGUAAUCUCGGCGUUGUUCACAAUUAUGGGUGGUUUGACUGCUGUCAUUUGGACUGAUUUUGCUCAAGUCGUCAUCAUGUUGAUUGGAGCCAUGUUUCUUUGCAUCAGAAGCUUCCAAGUGACAGGUGGCUUUGAUAGUAUGGUGAUAAAUUUCUUCAAUGCAAUUCCAAAUACAACAAGGGCCUACCAGAGCACAUCGUUUGAAAUUCCAAAUGAAAACUUUGAGGGCUGGAAUCCUGAUUUGUACGGUACAAUGUCUGAUAGGAAUCACGUUUUAGCUGCCCAAAAUCCAGAAAAUCAACCAUCUGGUAUCUACGCUGAAUGCAGCAUUCCCCCAUCUGAUGCCAUGAACUUCUUCCGAGCAAUCGACAGUACUGAAUUGCCUUGGGUUGGUGCUAUGUUCGGUCUCACAGUGAAUGCCACUUGGUACUGGUGUACUGAUCAGGUCAUUGUUCAACGUUGUUUGGCAGCGAAGAACAUGAUUCAUGCAAAAGCAGGCAUUGUGCUUGCCAUGUUCAUUAAGAUGACUCCUCUUUGGCUCAUGAUUAUCCCUGGAAUGGCGGCUCGAGUCAUUUUCGCAGACACUGUUGCCUGUGGUGACACCAAUUUGUGCCAAAACAUCUGUGGCAAGGUUGCCGGUUGCACGGAUAUUGCCUAUCCCUCAUUGGUCUUGAACCUCCUGCCCUCUGGAGCCCGAGGUUUGAUGUUGUCUGUCAUGAUGGCAUCCUUGGUUUCUUCAUUGACGUCUAUCUUCAACUCCUCCUCAACCAUUUUCACCAUUGAUAUCUGGAGACUGAUUCGACCUCGUAGCAAAGAUGCGGAGCUUAUGAUUGUUGGUCGUGUUGCUGUCCUCAUAAUGGUGGCCAUCAGUUUGGCGUGGAUCCCAAUUGUGCAGCUGAGUGAUGCACUCUUCGACUACAUCCAGUCUGUCACUGGCUACUUGUCCCCUCCAAUUUGUGCUGUCUAUGUAUUCGCUGUAUUCUGGUAUCGAACGAAUGAAAUUGGAGCCUUCGCGUCUUUGAUUAUUGGUCUCAUAAUUGGCGUGACUCGAUUCAUAUGGGAGAUUUCCUAUGGUGCAUCGCCCUGUGGUGAAGAGAGUACUAACCCCCCACACUUCUUGGUCACGAUGCACUACCUACACUUCUCCAUUCUUCUUUUUGGAAUGUCAAGUGUCGUCAUCGUGGUUGCCUCUUUAGUAACAGCUCCACUUCCACCUUCAUAUACUCGUCGCUUAAUCUUCUCAGAUCGU